GGCAUUCAACGACUGACUGGCCCAAGCUACCGCUGUUUCAUUUCCUUCUUGGCUGGCCCAGCUGUUGACCGUUGGUUCCUGGUACAGUACUGUGCCUUUGGCCAUUGGAUUGGAUUCUGUAUUGGAUGCAUACAACAUACAACCAUUGGGGAUUGUGAGGUUGUGGAUUGUGUGCUGCUACCAUUAUCAUUAUCAUUCAAGCAAACCGUUGGUUAGAAUUGUAUAGUUAGCAACACUGCUAGCUAGCUGGCCGGCUGGAUAACCAGUAGAGGUGCCUGCCAAUUAAGCACAAGACAUGUCCAUGUUUUCCGUCUCAUCCUCCAGAUCCCAUGUGACGAAUGGGCACAAUAAGGGCAGCAAUGGGGUAGCAGCCAACAGCAGUAACAAGACGACGACGACGAGACGGAACCGAACAAAAACAAGCACGUCCUGUUGGGCUCGCUUUAUCUUUUCUGGAAUUCUAUGUAUCGUUUUCUUCAUGUUCCACAAGACUCGACUCUUUGAACAAAGUACUAGUACUCCAGAAGAAGAAGUCAUUCAACCCACCAAAAGAGAUACCACCACUGAUAGAACCAUUGAUACUAGUACUAUUACUGCCAGUAACUCUUUGAUACCCACAAGCAAUAAUGCUACCACCAACAAUCCACACGUAUUCCGGCAUUAUCAUCAAUCAGCAACGGUAUCAAGAUCAGUAUCAGCAUCACUGCCACCAAAAUAUUCAUCAGCAGCAUCAGCAGCAACAGAAACAGCCUAUCCCAAUCCUCCCCAGCAAUCUUUUGCCGUUACCAAAGUCGUCACCACCCAAGCCCCUCCUGUCACCAAAAUUGCAACCACUCCCCCCAUAACCUCCAAUCCACAAAAACACGCCAUUUUGAUUCCCUAUCGAGAUCGGGCGUUUCAUUUGGAAAAAUUCCUCGAAUACAUGCGUCCGUAUCUCCAACGCCAUUUCCCCGACGAUACCUUUACGGUCUAUGUAAUUGAACAAAAUGAUACCAGUUUAUUUAAUCGAGGAUGGUUGACCAAUGUCGGAUUGCAAGAGAUUAAACAACGAGCACCCGAUACGACCUGUGUGACAUUGCACGAUGUCGAUCUCAUUCCCAAUGGCACCAGUCAUGUCCCGUAUACGAGUUGUCGCAAACCCAUUCAUUUGGCAUCGCAUAUGGAAAACUUUAAAUGGGCCAUUCCUUAUGUCCAAUACUGUGGAGGCAUUACUGGAUUGAGUUUACAACACUGGGAACAAAUUAAUGGAAUGAGCAAUGAUUAUUUAGGUUGGGGUGGAGAAGAUGACGACCUGUGGCAUCGCAUUCGACUCAACGGAUUGCUCAUGAGUCCACAACCAGAUCGAAAAUCGUUUCCAAGACCCUAUCGACCCAGUGGACCCGGAGAAGGAUACUUUCGAACCAUUUCACAGUCGCAAGAGCAUCAUACCCAGGAAAAGGAACACACCAACAAGAAAAAGACGCAAAAAAUGUUGGAAGACAUGUGGAGGGGUAGUACUAGAUGGCAAACGGAAGGGUGGAAUGAUGUCUAUUACACUGUCAACGGUGUCAACGUCACAGAGCUGUCCACGGAACCACUCGACAUGCCCGAAUGGCAGCAUCGACCCCUCUGGAUCCCACCCCCCAAAAACAAGACUGCCAGCAACAGUACAGCGGUGAAUGUCACAACAACGCCCACAGCACCCACCACGGCACCCACGACACCGCCUCCGACCAAACCGCCCACCGAUCCACCCACCAUGCAGCCAACACGAGACUUGUACAAGGAACCCAAAGGACCGGGAAUUGACAAGGUCGUUAUCAUUCAGGCCGCUUCCAAACGAUCCCGCAAUCAACUCCCAACCAAUAACAAACUCGCCACAGCCGAACCGGCGCCAGUCUUGGAAUUGGUCGAUAUUGCCUACACGGGAUGCGACCUCCUGACACGAGCGGCCGCCCGUUCCAACGUCGUGUGGGGAGCCUGUCAUUACUACGACAACAAUCAAAAGGAAGACCCCUACGAAUGCUCCAAGGCAGUCCACAGUGGCGAUUUCAAUUUUGGGCACGUUCUGGAAGGCAGUUAUCAUCAAGCACAAUUCCCGUGGCAUUUGCCGUGGAAUCCGUGGGACACCGAUCCGCUCGAAGGAACCGUCCGAUUCUCCGUGGUCACGCAUCCCUACACCCGGGCGCUCGAUUUCUUUCGGGUUUGGUACGAUACCAUGAACAAGAAUUCGAGCGCGACGACGCACCGCGACGAGUACAUUCGGCAACGGGAAUCUCCCGAGGAGAUUAAUUUCUUUUUGAAGGCGUAUUUGGCCCAAGACAAGGGACCGUGGGAGGCACAGCCCUGGAUGAAAGGAGUCUUUGACAUGAUGCCCAUGUACGAUUUCUUUGCCAACAAGGACAAACCGCACUAUGUCAAGCACAUUCUCAAAUACGAACAACUCGAAAGCGAUUGGCAACAACUAGCAGAAGAAUACAACUAUACGGAUACGGGGAUUGGUGAGCAGCUAAAAGUAAUCCUCGAGGAGAAACGAGCACAGGAAGCACAGGCCAAAGACUGGUUGACACCAGGUGAACUCGAUCCGGAAACACUCGAAUUGAUCAAUUCCAUCUUCAACAACGACUUUAAGUUCUACAAGGACUACAACAAAACGACAUCAGGGGUCACUAAUCGUCGUACCUACAAACACCCGCGAACCAAAAAUCACAAGAACACUAUUGCCAAGGGGCCGUUGGAACUCGUAGCGAUCCCGUACGCCGGUGCCGCGAGUUCUUUGACGCGAAUGGCCGCGAGGGCUGGAAUUGUGUGGGGAGCCUGUCAUUUUGAUCAGUUUCAAGAAUGGGAGUGCCCGGCAAAGAGUGGGGAUUUUCGGGAUUCUCAAAAGGUCCAAAUGAAUGGCAUGCUACAAUUCGAGUCGCCAUGGUACGUGCCGCUCAAACUGUGGCCCAAGAGCCCCUACGGUGAUCUCUCCAAGCCCGACCCGGCCAAGGCCAAGACGUUCACGGUGGUGCGAAACCCGUAUGACCGAGCCAUUGCAUUUUACCGUCACAUGUUUGAUCGGAAACACGGAUACCCACGUGGUCAUCACCCAAGGCAAGACGAAGACAUCUUGUUUGACAUGGGCAGUGUAGCAAUGGAUGACUAUCUGCGGAAAAGAGAAGACCCCAUCAGAAUGAAUGCUUUCCUGCAGGCCCACUUUACCAAAGGGCACAACCCUCACAAACCCGAUGGGAUGGAGCUCGUUCCGCAAAGUAAAUACACAACACGCGUUCAUCACGUGAUCAAAUACGAAGCGUUGGUCGAUGGCUGUCGCAAAUACCUCUCCAAGUACAACUAUGGAAACAUGGCCGGGAAGAAAAUCGACCUGGAAGUGUUCGAGCAGGCCGCGGUGAAGCGCGCGAAUCACACCAGGGCGAUGAACCUCGGACAUGCACCGAGGUGGCUCGGAAAGGCCGAUCUUGCAGAUGAGACCACGGCCAUGAUCAAUGAAAUAUUCAUGUUUGACUUCUACAAGUGGUACCGUAUGGAGAAACGAGUUAAACCGAACGUCGACACCUCAAGGUAUUGGCGCCAACCACAUCCAAUUCCAGGUCAGGCGAAGAAGUAGAUGCAAACUUUUCGAACGCCCUACGUGGAGGGCUCGACUGAUACAGGAAGGAGCUGAUUCCUAAAAAGCUCUGCCAUUCAUCUGAGGUCGUUUUUUUCCGGUCAUGGCCAAGCGGGGCCCGUCUUUGUCCGGAUUCACUGGUGCUGGUUUCUCAGGACUUCUUCCAGCCAGGAGGCACAAGCCUUUUCUUUCUGCUGCAGAAGGGUUUUGGUGCAGUGUGGCGAAAUAGAAUCAGUAAACGUAGAGAGGCAUACUUUUUAAACCACCCAGACGACAGAUUGGACUACCUCCCACGCCAGUCCCUUGGAUCGCGCUUUUUGCUUUGCAAAACGUCACAAGUUCAGCUGGAGCGCUUUUUUGCUUAGGGGGCCAAUCAGCAGAAGUUCGUUUCAGCCUGACUAGUUGAUGAGGCAACCCGUGGGAUCCAGCCAUGACCAGCACCCAGUCUAUUCUGGGUUCAGCCGUAAGGCUGCGCUGUUGAUGAUCAACAACAAGCAACAAAUAAAUUAAUUGUGCUGCUUUAGUUGGCCGGGGAAUUUUAUACGUGCGGUCGGCGAGAGAACACUGGAACACCCUCACUGGUGACGGAUCCUCACAGCAAUGACCUGUCAAAUUGUAGGAUUUAUUGACGCUAGAGCUUGGAAUUGCGGUGUUCUCGACGAUGCCAGUUUCAUCUCCAGUGAUUCAAUGAGUCAAUAA